UCCAGUCAUCCUUGUUCCACAUCUAGCAUCUUCCUAUGAGAUAUCCUAAUCCCCGUGAAGGAAUAUUUGCCCAAGAAUUAGAUGCAUGGAUUAUUGCUCUGAUUGCUAUUACUUCAAUUGUUGGCAUUGUUGUAGUUUGUCUCAUCAUACUCAGAUAUCUUGAGUACAGGAAGAAAGAGAAAACUGGGGUUAAAGCUAAGUCUACCACUUCCCUGAAAAGGUCAACCUCACAAACAGAGAAAACUGCAUCAUUGCCACAAAGCUCAAGAAGCAACGUAUCUGUUGGCUCUAAUCUGAAACGACAGGCUGCUGCUGACCAGACACCACGAGGCUCUGAGACUGGUGCUUUUCCCCCUACAUCAUAACCGAUUUCAAAUGGUGCUAGACAAAAACAGACUCUGAACACCAGGAGAAAUCGGUCAGCCUGUGUAAGAGAUGGGCCAGUGGUGUUCUUCAGGUCUGAACCUCAAGGCAGACAAGUGACAAGUCUCAUUUCAGCUGUGUUGCAACCAUGGCUAAGUACUCCAGGCAUCUUCCAGGUACAGGCAGGCAGUAUUGAUGUGGGUGAAGCAGUUCUCUAUGUACGGAGCACUCUCCCUUUCCUGCUACAAUCAACACCCAGAACAUCACUGGACGAUGAUGAAAAUUACAGGACCAGGCCCAAGCCACCCUCCCCCUCCCAUGGAAUGCUGGAUAAAGUGGAUCACUCCCUGCCCCUGAUCAUGCCCUCGCAUUUAUUUUGAACACAACAACUUGCCCACUAUCACUGCCUCUAAACCAAACAGACUCAAGAGCAAAUUUCACUGUUCCAAGUCUUCCUUUGACUUCUUGAAGGAGAGAGCCAAUCCUGUGUACAGCUGCUUCUCUGUAGCCUAACCUCUGCUGUGCUGCAAUUCUUACUCCUAAAACACUGAUUUCAAAUGGUGCUAGAUACAAAGAUGGAAAAAUCUAAGCCACCAUGUGAAACCAGCUUCCAGAAGAAGAGGAUCUCACUGAAGAAAGCAGAGAAGUGCAGUCAGAAGGUCCAGCCUUAGUUCUGAGAAUCAUCGUGCCUGUCAGAGGCAGAGGACAGCUGUACAAUGUUGUGCAAAGCAGCAUCAGAGUCACAGUCAACAUUUUGAGCAGACCAGACCAAUGCAAAGCUUGUUCCCUGUAUGACUUCACAUUAGUCAUUAUAAAUUAUUAUACACAAUGAAAUAAAAGAACCAUGUCCAUUCUACACAUGUACAAUUGUAAUGACUUGAAUUUAUGUAGUAUUUCCCAAGAUACAUAAUGUCAUAUAUUAUGUCACUCCUUCAGGACAGUGACCUAUGAGAUGUUAACCACUGAACACAAGUGUGGCACCUGUGUCAGGACAACUCUUGCACGAGUAUUAUUCAAAAAGAGCACAUGUUCAUCCUUUCCAUCCCAUGACCCCAUAGGCUGGCAAUUUGAUUUAACGCAGAAUAAUUUUAAAAGCUGGUAUCUUAUUGUAUUAUAUAGAUAAUUCUCUAACACAAAAAUGAGGUAUAUUUUUAAAAUUUAUCUGAAAAUAAGAUUUAUAAACUAUGUUUCAAAUUGGACUGUCUCUUUGCUGUGUGUUUCCUCUGAUGUCACAACCCAAAGAAAGAGGAUCUCAUGGAAGAAAGAAUAGAGAUGUAUGUUUCUGGUUCCCCAGCAACUCUUUUUUGGCCUCCCCAGAUGUAAGCUUAUCUCUUUUUAUGGCUGCUAUCCGGUAAUAGAGCAAAUAUAAUGUGAACAUCCAGAGUCACAGUACUUAGUUGUUCCAAGAGUCCAAUGAAGCAGGUAUUAUUCUGAUGUCUGCACAAAAAACUGUAGUCAUAGGAACAGAUGGACUAAUGUCUGUAUUCCUGUCCUUCUGCCCACUGCCACUGCUUGGUCUGUACAGCUAGACUCUUAUCUCCGAAGAGAACUCUUAGCUAGAGUGGGGAGGGGUAUUUAGCCCAGGCAAUCUGGAUGGGAGUGAAAGAGACUCCCUGUAAUAUAUGCUACACCUGCUUAAAGAUGAGGGCGCAUGGUGUUGGUACUGCAAGGGGUCAGGUAGUCUAGAACCUGCCUUUGCUCUAUUGCCCACUGGUGCCUCUGUCCUCCCCAGCAAUAGGGAAGAUGAUGGCAAUGAAGCCUACCAAUGACAUUGAUAGGCUUAGCUUGUAAGAACCUGGGCCAGUCAGAGGAGAAACAGAAGGCUCAGUACCCUCCCUGGGCUUCUCCAAGGUCUCAGCUAUAGAGGAGUUGCAGGCAAAUUUGUACAUUGAGUUCCUGAGUGACAGUGACACUGGUUGCCAAAAUUAGGGCCUUAUGAAACUAGAUGGUAGGUCGUAAAUAUAUUAGAUGGAAGUUAUUAACAAGAGUCAAAACCCUGUAAAUGAAGGGAACAGAUGAGAUUUGCAUAUGAUAAUACUCAGCUUUUCUGAUUUUCAUUUCAGCCAAAUUUUUCUUAGCAACUUCCUAUUGCUAGUAUCCUCAGUCCCCCUUCCUCUAUGUUAAGAGAUAUCCUGCAGGGAUACAGGGCACACCCUUCCUCCCAGAAUUCUCAGCCUGUGCUGUUACCUCCUUUUGGCAACUCUCCACCUACUCCCUCCACUGCCACCCCCAUUUGUCCUAUUUCAGCUCCAGAAAGCUUUCUCCAAGGCUAGCCCCGUUUGCUUUAAUUUAGAAAACACCUAUUUCUUUUGGUUCUCAGCAUGG